GGCAAGGGCAGAGAAACACAGACAGACCAAUUUCUUCACAAGGAAUGGCCGCUGUUUACAACAAGGAGCUCUUGGGUUGGUAUUUAAUCACUCUCAAGAUCCGAGAAACUGUGGAAUCUCGACUCCCCAAGAAAUCAACCUAUGGGGGCAACAUCGUCCCCGACUAUGAGCCGAGGCCUCCCGAGUCCGAGUGGGUCGUCUCCAUCGAUGAGAAGCUCGACCAAGGUCGCCAGGAAAACUUGCCAGGCUCGUGGGCAAAUCUCUCCAUUUACCGGUUUCCGCACUAUCUCAAGGAUGGCGAUGACAAAGACUGGGUCCCCCAGAUCGUCUCCCUCGGGCCGUACCACCACGGUAAAGAUCACCUCCGCCAUAUGGAGCGGCACAAGUGGCGCUGCCUCCACCGCAUCCUCGAGCGCUCCCAUCAGGCAAUAGGCCGCUAUCUAGAAUCGGUGAAGAAGGUGGAGGGCAGAGCUCGCGCCUUCUACGAGGGAACGAUAACCAUGAGCUCCGAUGAGUUCGUGGAGAUGAUGGUUCUUGACGGGUGCUUUGUGAUCGAGAUGCUCCGAGGAUUCGCCGAGGGGUUCGAGGAACUCGGCUACCCUCGCAAUGACCCUGUCUUCUCAAUUCGGCGAUCGAUGCUUGAGAUCCAGCGGGACAUGAUCAUGCUCGAGAAUCAGAUCCCGCUCUUCAUACUCGAUCGGCUGCUCGGCCUCCAGCUUGGCGGCCCCAACCAGAAGGGGCGCAUGGCCAAGCUGGCGAUCCAGUUCUUAGACCCUCUGCUGCCGGUUGGACACUUUGACCCGUGCAGCUGCACAAGAUCGUACUACGAGCUUAGCAGCCGAAGAUUGUACUUCGACCCGUUAUGCAACCAUGGCAGGGUCCAUUGCCUCGAAGUGUUCCGGCGGAGCCUCCUGCAAUUAGGCCCGAAGCGGUCCAAGACCAAUGAAUUGUCGCAGAGCCGGCAACAGCUCACUUUGCUAUUGAACGAGCUCCAGGAAGCCGGGAUCGAGAUCAGGUCGGCACGUCAUCGCAGUUGGUCCAAGACCAAGGAAUGGUUGCAGAGCCGGCAACAGCUCACUUUCUGCUUGACCGAGCUCCGGGAAGAGGGGAUCGAGAUCAGGUCGGCAUUUCAUUGCAGUUGGUGGGACGUCCAGUUCAAGGACGGGAUCCUCCGGAUCCCCCCGCUUGAGAUCCACGAAGGGACGAGGUCGCUCUUCCUCAACUUGAUAGCCUUCGAGCAGUCUCAAUUCGAUUGCAGCAACUGCGUCACCUCGUACGUAAUCUUCAUGCACAACUUGAUCAACUCCCCCGAGGACGUCCGGUACCUCCGUAACCAUGGUAUCAUCAAGCACUGCCUUGGGAGUGACGCCAAGGUCGCUGACCUCUUCAACCGGCUUUGCCAGGAGGUGGCGUUUGACAUCGAAGACAGUUAUCUCCAAGAUCUGUCUUGGGAUGUGACAGAUUACUACGACCGGGGAUUCCUUCCUUUGGCUGGAGAACCUAGAGGCACAGGAAGUGAGAUCGCAAUGUUUUGCAAGUUCGGUUUCCGUUUUCUCGCCCAUCAGCUCGCCCGCAAAGUGGAAUUCCUGGAGAGCCAUUCUCAAGAACAAGGGGUGGCCUUCGACAUCAUAGAUUGUUAUCUCUUUCAUCUGUAUCUGGAUUUGGACAUGUAUUGCCUCCUUAAAGAGAUGUCCUUCAAGGCCGCUCUCGCGAAAAAGUGGAAUUCUUGGAGAGCCAUUCUCAAGAACAAGUACUUCGACAAUCCUUGGUCAAUCAUUUCCUUCAUUGCUGCCUUCGUUUUGCUUGUGCUCACUUUCAUACAGGCCCUCUAUGCCGUCUAUGGCUACUACGGGCCGCGUUCUUAAUUCCUCAUGUAAUGGUGGAAAUUAUCUGAUACGUAAUGUCGAACUGGAU